GUUCUGGCUGUCCCUGGAGCUUACAUAAAGGGACAGUUGCAGCCCCAGAGGCCACAGCGCUGACAGUGCAGGGCUCGGAGCUCCGGGCAACCCAGACAACAUGAGCUGGUCUUUGAGCCCUCGGAGCUUAAUCCUCGGCCUCUGUGCUCUCGUGUCAACAUGCCAGGCAUACAUUGCUACCAGAGAAAACUGCUGCAUCUUAGACGAAAGAUUUGGUAGCUAUUGCCCAACCACCUGCGGCAUCUCAGACUUCCUGAAUGAUUACCAAGACAAAGUGAACAAGGAGCUAACAGCCUUGGAAGACAUCCUGACCGAAGCUGAAAACAAGACAACAGAAGCCAAGGAGCUGGUCAAAGCAAUCCAAGUCGUCUAUAAUCCCGACGGGCCGUCCAAGCCAAAUAUGAUAGAAAGCGCCACUCAGAGUUCCAAAAAAAUGGUAGAAGAUAUCAUGAAAUACGAAGCAAUGAUUUUGACACACGAGUCAAGUAUCCGGUUUUUGCAGGACAUUUAUAACUCGAAUAAUCAGAAGAUUGCUAACCUGAAACAGAAGGUAGCCCAGCUCGAAGCCAAGUGCCAGGAGCCCUGUAAAGACACCGUGCAGAUAGAGGACACGACUGGGAAAGAUUGCCAAGACAUUGCCAAUAAGGGAGCCAAGCAGAGUGGGCUUUACUUCAUCAAACCACUGAAGGCCAAGCAGCAGUUCUUAGUCUACUGCGAGAUCGACUCCAACGGAAACGGGUGGACCGUGCUCCAGAAGAGACUUGAUGGCAGUUUGGAUUUCAAGAAAAACUGGAUUCAAUAUAAAGAAGGAUUUGGGCAUCUGUCUCCUACUGGCACCACGGAGUUUUGGCUGGGAAAUGAGAAGAUUCAUUUGAUCAGCACGCAGUCUGCAAUCCCGUAUGCACUAAGAGUGCAGCUGAAAGACUGGAAUGGCAGAACCAGUACUGCGGACUAUGCCACGUUCAAGGUGGGAGCUGAGGCUGACAAAUACCGCCUGACGUAUGCCUACUUCAUCGGUGGAGAUGCCGGAGACGCCUUCGAUGGUUUUGAUUUUGGGGAUGAUCCUAGUGACAAGUUCUUUACAUCCCACAAUGGCAUGCAGUUCAGUACCUGGGACAAUGAUAAUGACAAGUUUGAAGGCAACUGUGCUGAACAGGAUGGGUCUGGCUGGUGGAUGAACAAGUGUCAUGCUGGCCACCUCAAUGGAGUUUAUUACCAAGGUGGCACCUACUCGAAAGCAUCUACUCCUAAUGGCUAUGAUAACGGCAUUAUUUGGGCCACUUGGAAAUCCCGGUGGUAUUCCCUGAAGGAAACCACCAUGAAGAUAAUUCCAUUCAACAGACUCACCAUUGGAGACGGACAGCAGUUUCACAUGGGAGGAGCCAAAAAGGUUGCAGACGUUUAACAGACCGUUUCAAAAGUGAUUUGAUUUUUUUUAAUGGACUUUAUCUGAACAGAGAAAUAUGCUAUUUUUCCUAUGGGACAAUGGACUUCCAAAACUUCACUUCAUUUUAAAGUAAAAAGAGCCCAUGUUGAAAACUCCACUAACAGUUUUAUGCUGGUGAUAAUUUAUCUUCGUGCAUUUCAAUAAACAUUUUGUUUCCUAAGGCUA